AUGUCGUCCAUUUUGAAAUACAUCGUCAAAAAUGACGCCAUGAAAACAGACCCCAGUGAGAUCUACGGCUGGAGGGUCUAUCUGUUAGCCUGCUCUGCUUGUUUCGGUGCUAUGUCCUUUGGCUGGGACAGCGGUGUGAUUGGCGGCGUCAUCAACCUUCCCACGUUCAUUGCUGACUACGGCCUCGGGAGCAGGGAAGACAUCGCGACGGCUAAUCUCCAGGGUAAUAUCGUCUCCGUACUCCAGGCUGGAUGCUUCGUAGGUGCUCUGGCGGCCUACCCCUUGACGGAUGCCUUCGGCCGCAAGUACUGCCUAAUGGGCGCCGCCAUGUUCACGCUCACCGGCGUAAUUAUGCAAGCUGCUGCUUCCGGUCAUCUUGAGCCUAUGUAUAUCGGUCGGUUUGUUUCUGGUCUUGGUGUGGGCGCCUCCAGUGUUAUUAACCCGAUCUACGUUACGGAGAACGCGCCUCGCGCUAUCCGCGGCCUGCUCACCGGCAUGUAUCAACUCUUCAUCGUCACCGGCGGCAUGAUCGCCUUCUGGGGAAACUACGCGGUCAGCAUACACCUGAGCGGCCCGAAGCAGUACAUUGUGCCGCUGUCGAUCCAGGGCCUGCCCGCCCUGCUGCUCUUCUUCAUGAUGGCCCUCUGCAACGAGUCACCCAGAUACCUGGCCCGCCGAGACCGCUGGGAGGAGGCGAAGGCGGUGCUCGUGCGGAUCCGGAACCUCCCGGAGGACCACCCGUACCUGCAGGAGGAGUUCCAGGAGAUCGCCGACCAGCUCGACUACGAACGGCGCCUCAUCGGCGGCGCCGGCUUUUGGGCGCUGCAGAAGGAGAUGUGGCUGGUCAAGAGCAACCGCAAGCGCGCCGUGCUCAGCAUCAUGCUCAUGGUGUGCCAGCAGAUGACGGGCACCAACGCGAUCAACACGUACGCGCCGCAGAUCUUCAACAACCUCGGCAUCACGGGGACGUCGAACUCGCUGCUCAGCACGGGCGUCUACGGCAUCGUCAAGGUGAUCUCGUGCGCGUGCUUCCUGCUGUUCAUGGCCGACUCGCUGGGCCGGCGGCGCUCGCUGCUCGUCUCGGCCGUCGGCCAGGGCGUCUGCAUGUUCUACAUCGGCCUGUACGUGCGCAUCUCGCGGCCGUCGGCCGACGGCUCCAUCAACGGCGCCGGCUACGUCGCCCUCGUCUGCGUCUUCGUCUUCGCCGCCUUCUUCCAGUUCGGCUGGGGCCCCGCCUGCUGGAUCCUCAUCUCCGAGAUCCCCGCCGCCCGCCUGCGCCCCAUGAACGUCGCCUUCGGCUCCGCCACCCAGUGGCUCUUCAACUUCGUCGUCGCCCGCGCCCUGCCCAACAUGCUCGCUACCGUCGGCGAACGCGGAUACGGUACCUACCUGAUUUUCGGCAGCUUCUGCGCCUGUAUGUUCGGCUUCGUCUGGGUCUGGAUUCCAGAGACGAAAGGUGUGUCGCUCGAGCAGAUGGGCAAGCUCUUCGGCGUCUCAGAGGAGGAGAAUGACCCGGUCACAGAAGGUGUGAAGCGCGACGACACGAGAGUCGAGGUCGAGGAGCACUCCAACAAGUCGGAUAACCGAAGCGUGUAA